GGAGCACUGUGGAUUCUGAGUGGCUAACUCAGCUACAGCCUCUGGUUGUACUGAGCUGAGCACCCAUUGCCUGCUGGGGUGGGGAGAGGGCAGGCACUUUCCCUGCAUGACCCCGUUUAACCCUCUCAGUGCCCCACUGAGGUGGUCCCUGUUGUCCCCAAUGGACAGAGGAAGAACCUGAGUCAGGAACCCAGAGCGGUGUCUCCACUAAGUAGAAGCCUCUGUUUCUCUCCCAGCCUCUCCCAGAGGAGCUGUUCUGAAGCGUGUGCAUUUGAUCAGGAUAAUCAAGAGUUGAAAAUGGAGAGAAUGUUACCUCUCCUGGCUCUGGGGCUUUUGGUGGCUGGGUUCUGCCCUGCUGUCCUCUGCCACCCUAACUGCCCACUUGACAAGGAGAAUCCGACCCAGGAGGAUCAAGACCGGGGGACACAUGUGGACCUCGGAUUAGCCUCCACCAACGUGGACUUCGCUUUCAGCCUGUACAAGCAGUUGGUCCUGAAGGCCCCUGAUAAGAAUGUCAUCUUCUCCCCGCUGAGCAUCUCCACCGCCUUGGCCUUCCUGUCUCUGGGGGCCCAUAAUACCACCCUGAUGGAGAUUCUCAGAGGCCUCAAGUUCAACCUCACGGAGACUUCUGAGGCAGAAAUUCACCAGAGCUUCCAGCACCUCCUGCGCACCCUCAACCAGUCCAGCGACGGGCUGCAGCUGAGUAUGGGAAAUGCCAUGUUCAUCGAAGAGCAGCUCAGUCUGCUGGACAGGUUCAUGGAGGAUGCCAAGAGGCUGUAUGGCUCCGAAGCCUUUGCCACUGACUUUCAGGACUCAGCUGUGGCUAAGAAGUUCAUCAAUGACUACGUGAAGAACAGAACCAGGGGGAAAAUCACAGAUCUGAUCGAGGACCUUGACUCGCAGACAGUGAUGGUCCUGGUGAAUUACAUCUUCUUUAAAGCCAAAUGGAAGAUGCCCUUUGACCCCCAUGAUACUCAUGAUUCAAGGUUCUACUGGAGCAAGAGAAGGUGGGUAAAGGUGCCCAUGAUGAGUUUGCAGCACGUGACUACACCUUACUUCCGGGAUGAGGAGCUGUCCUGCACCGUAGUGGAGCUGAAGUACAUAGGCAAUGCUAGCGCACUCUUCAUCCUCCCUGAUCAAGACAAGAUGGAGGAAGUGGAAGCCAUGCUGCUCCCAGAGACCCUGAAGCGGUGGAAAGACUCACUGGAGUUCAGACAUAUAGACGAGCUCUACCUGCCGAAGUUUUCCAUCUCGAGGGACUAUGACCUGGAAGACGUACUUCUCCAGCUGGGCAUUAAGGAAGUCUUCACCAGCAAGGCUGACUUGUCAGGAAUCACAGGGGCCAGGAACAUAGCAGUCUCUCAGGUGGUCCACAAGGCUGUGCUUGAUGUGUCUGAGGAGGGCACAGAAGCAUCUGCUGCCACAGGAGUCAAAAUCACCCUCCUUUCUGCAUUCGUGGACCCAAAGAUCACUGUGCGUUUCAACAGGCCCUUCCUGAUGAUCAUCGUCCCUAUGGACACCCAGAACAUCUUCUUCAUAAGCAAAGUCAUCAAUCCCAAGCAAGCCUAGAGCUUGCCAUCAAGCAGUGGGGCUCUCAGUAGGGAGCCUGGAAUGGAAGCUGGAUGCUCGGGUCUCUGGGCACAGUCUGACCCCUGUGCACCGAGUGGCCAGGGCAUGUCUGGCCCUGUCUGCUCAUCCUUGGAAGGUGACAGCAACUGCCUGUGUAGCUCCCACAUGCACAAGGGCCCGUGGACUCUUCACUCUGGAGGGUCCUGGGUCUCCCGAUAGCAAUAAACAGUUUCCUUGGACACGU